UAGCUGUGAACGGGGAAUUUGUUAAUGAAAAUUCUCCUUUAAACUUAUUGGAUGAAAACGAAAUUGCUAUUAUUCCACCACUAAGCGGAGGUUAAAAUGGAUACUGGAAAAAAUUUUGUUCAGUUGGAGCAGGAAGUAUUAAAUUUUCAAGAAAUAUAUAAUUUAAUAGUAUCACCUAAAUGCGGUGCAAUAUCUUCUUUUGUAGGAAUUACACGUGAUAAUUGUGACAAUAAAAAGGUUACUAAAUUAGAAUAUGAAGCUUAUGAACCUAUGGCAUUGAAAGAAAUGAAUAAUAUAUGUGACAAAAUACGUUUACAAUGGAAUAUUGAAAAUAUUGCAAUAUAUCAUCGUCUUGGUGAAGUACCAGUGACAGAAGCUAGUGUUAUUAUAAUAGUUUCGUCUCCUCAUAGACAAGAUUCCCUUAAAGCUGUAGAUUAUGCUAUUAAUUCAUUGAAAGCUUCUGUUCCAAUAUGGAAGAAAGAGGUAUACGAUACCGGAGAAACUAAUUGGAAGGAAAAUAAAGAAUCUACUAUCUCCAAAUUAUCACUUUCUGAAGAUACUAAUAAUGAUAAAGUAGAAAAUUUGAAGGAUUCGCUUAAAAAUUCAUGUUCGAAUGAAAAAGAUUCUUUUGAAGACGUAAAAGUUCCAAUCGAAGAACCUGCUUUAGAUGAUCAUAAUCUUGUACAAAUCAAAGCGAACUCAAAUGAACUUAAACAUAGAAUAGAAUCUUUUAUUGAAAGAAAGCGUCAACAAGUAAAUUUAGUAAACAUACAAGAAUUUUGUUGUAACAGAGAACAAUAUGAUGAGAAACAAGAUUCUUGUGCAAGAGUGGAUGCUAUUUUGAUUAGAAGAAAAGAUUCGAAAAGUCAUGUUAAAGUGCAUAGAGUAUUAAAUUCAUGGGGACCUCAAACAGUUGACCGAUCACGUUUGCACAAUGCCAAUAAUCAUACGACAAACCAACAAGAUAGUAACAAUUGCUCUUCGGUAUUGGAUGACCGUAUAACUAACGCUGAAAAAAUGUUAGGCAUAAUAAAACCAGUUCCUCGAGACGUUUAUGAAAGAUUAAAAAAUAUCGAGGAUAGGAUAUUGUUUUUGGAAGGAGUAUCUCCUGAGUAUAAAAAUUUGUGGAUAGGAGAAGAUACGAACAAUUUUACAAGCGAUAUGAAACCAUUUAGAAAAAGGACAUAUUCUACGGCAGAACUCGAUUCGAAAUUACAUGAAUUAGAAAAUAAGUAUGCAAAAACGAUGAAGUAUAAUUGAUAAGAUAAUUUAAUUAUAUACAUAUAUACAAAAUAAAUUGUAAUUUUGUUUUUAAA